ACACCGGACGGAGGAUGAUGCGCUCGGCUGAAGGCAGACGCACCACAGAGCGCACCAGAGGCAUGCAGAGUUGUGCGCUGUGCGCUCCUGAAGCACCGUCACCUGCUUGAGGCGGAGAUGGAGUUCAGAUAAACGCACCGCUAUAGCCUUUGGACUGAUCGCUCUGACUUCCGCUUUGGAUUUCUGCACUUCGUGUUUAGACGCCCUGAGAAAAUGUGGAAAUACACGAAGUUGUUGGCCUGUCUGCUGGUUUUGUGUCAGGACGCGUCCUCGCAGAGCAAGAUCUUCGGGGAGAGCGAGCCUGUCAGGAUGACCUCGGAGGGCUCUGACUGCCGCUGUAAGUGCAUCAUGCGGCCUCUGAGCAAGGACGCCUGUGUGCGCCUGCGCAGCGGCAGCGUGCGCGUGGAGGACUUCUACACGGUGGAGACGGUCAGCUCCGGGUCAGACUGUAAGUGCUCGUGCACGGCGCCGCCGUCCUCACUCAACCCCUGUGAGAACGAGUGGAAGAUGGAGAAGCUGAAGAAACAGGCUCCAGAGUUACUGAAGCUCCAGGGUAUGGUGGACCUGCUGGAGGGAACCCUCUACAGUAUGGAUCUACUAAAGGUUCACUCCUACAUCAACAAGGUGGUCUCUCAGAUGAACACUCUUGAAGAGACCAUCAAAACAAACCUGACACGAGAGAACGAAUUUGUCCGGGACAGCAUGAUGAGCCUCACUAACCAGUUUCAAAAGUACGAAAACUACACCAACGUCAUGAUGAGCAUCAAGAAGGAGAUCUCAACCCUCAGCCUGCAGCUGCUGCAAAAAGACUCAUCAGAGGGCAAAGCACAGGACACUCGUGAUGAGAAAGCCAAGCCUCCAGCGAAAGUAGCAAACAAAAAGGUCCCUGCUGGCAAACCACCUUCCAAGGCACCAAAAGAAAAACCUUUCAAGCCCAAGAAAGAGGUCAUAAAACCGGGGAAACCAGCUAAGCCUGACCCCACUCCAAAAUCGAAGGUGGUUGGCCACCAGCCUGGCGUGGUGAGGAGCAUCACGUACUACAAGGCCUCUAAAACCAAUGAGGACGACCAGAGAGGAGACCACUCUGUGAAAACACACCCAGUCCAUCAUCUGACAGAAAACGAGUCUGAGGAUGGAGGGGCUGAAACCAUCCUAGAACCUGUGGAGGCAACUGUGACUGAGCUCUUCGAUACUACUCUAGCUCCCAUUGCUACUACUACCACUACUACCACUGCUACUACCACUACUACCAGCACCACGACUUCCACCAGCUCAGAGCCCACUACUACCACUACCCAAAGUAUGCCCCUGUCUGAAAGACCAGCUCCUACCAUUGUUCUGGUACUGGACAACUCCAACAACAACAGUCGCCCCAGUCUCCACAGAGCAGGGAAGAUCCUCAACUGUGAAGGGACUUUGGCAUCCAUUGAGCAACCGGAGAAACAACACAGUUAUGGGCGCAAUGAGGGAGCCUGGAUGAAGGAUCCUUUGGCUAAGGACUCCAAAAUCUACGUGACGAAUUACUACUACGGUAACAACCUUGUGGAGUUCCGUAACCUGGACAACUUCAAACAAGGGCGUUGGAGUAACCUUUACAAACUGCCCUAUAACUGGAUUGGGACUGGCCAUGUGGUUUAUAAUGGAGCUUUCUACUACAACAGAGCCUUCACUAAGAACAUCAUUAAGUAUGAUCUGAGGAUGCGAUAUGUGGCAGCCUGGACACUGCUGCAUGAUGUCGUUUACGAGGAUACCACCCCCUGGAAGUGGAGGGGGCACUCGGAUAUUGAUUUUGCAGUGGACGAAAGUGGCCUGUGGGUAAUCUACCCAUCUCUGGACUAUGACUACAACCAGCAAGAGUUAAUUAUGAUUAGUAAACUGGAUCCCGGAGACCUGUCCCUGAAAAAGGAAACAACCUACCGAACAGGCCUUAAGCGGAACUCGUAUGGAAACUGCUUCAUAAUCUGUGGUGUCCUGUACGCUGUCAACGUGUACAACCAGAAAGAAGGCGAGGUGAACUAUGCCUAUGAUACCCACACAAAUACUGAGGCAGUCCCACGCUUGCCCUUCACCAAUGAGUACUCCUUCACCACCCAGAUCGACUACAACCCCAAGGAUAAGCUUCUGUAUGCAUGGGACAAUGGCAAUCAGGUCACAUAUCAGGUAAACUUUCUUGAGGAGUGAACACAGGUAAACUGUGUCUCUGUAGGUUUGCCAGUAUGGCAACCAAUUUGAGGAUUUUCAGUAUUUACCAGCCUUAAAGCGACAAUAUUGGAUUGAGCAGGACAAAAGAUGAACCAGCAUCAGUCUUUGAACACCAAUGCAGGUUAUUGUUAAGCUGACCUCAAAGUCACAAACUGUAAUGUGUCAACAACAAAAGUCAGGAAACAGCAAAAAUCAUCUCACAGGUUGAGUUCAAAAUUACGGAGAAGAACAAGGAUUUCCCCAAAUCUUCCAAGGUUUACCUAAUGCAGCUUUGGCAUCAUUUUUUUUUCCCUGAAAGAACUAAUUUAAAAUCUGUCACUUGAUGCAGAUCUAUUUGGGGGCCUCUGUCAGUCUUUACAGGUUUGCCUGAUAUGUUUUUUAGCAAACUUUUAAAUUAAAUAUUAUAAUAAUGAAAUGAAAACAGUAUUAUUUUCAACAACUGACUACAACCUCUGGAAGAAAAUAUCAAAUAAUUUUUAGGUGACAUUUGAUCAGUUUUUCUACAUUCAAUUAAAUUUUAUUCAUAUGUCCCAAUUCACAACAUGUCAUCUCAAGGCACUUUAAAAAGUUAGAUUCAAUCA